AUGCUUUUAACAAACGAUUCAAAUGUGCCGGCGCAUUCUUCUAUGGUAGCCAAACUACCAGACACUUCAGCUGCGCACUUCGAUGGUAUUGGUAUCUAUGGAGAAAAUUUGAGUCUCAAUGUCGAUAGCGAGACGGAUUCGGCGAAGUCUCCUGGCGACACUUCAACUACAUCUUCUGGUCCAGCAUUCUCUUAUGACGGGGACCAAGCAAUGACUGAUCACAACGACAUCCCUCCCUCACCCCUCCGCCGCGCUCAACAACUACCCUCAUCCAGACGCUGGCGCGAAACCCCAAACGAACUCGUCCCUGACGGUCACCUCAGACUCUACGCACCCCUCAGACCCGCAGACUUCUUCCCCAAACCCGAAGCCGCCUUCUGCAGCCCUACUCAACCCAUCGUACCCGCCAUGAUCCCGGACACCCUCCCCCAAGCCCCCCAAACAGCCUACUCCUUCCAACUCGCCCCUCCCCUCCCUAUCCCCUCCUGGACCCCUCCGCCUCCUUCAUCUCGACACGCCAUCCUCGCCCAAGCCGUCCACCGCAUCCCCCACCCGACCCCUCGCCCCCUCGAACCCCCAUCACUCCUCCGCAAACACAUGGAUUUCCUCCUCCGUGACGCCCCGAUCAGCGACGAGGUAUUCGCGGGCCAGCAUUACAAACUCGAGGAGAAGGAGAUGAUACGUCGACAGGUUAUUUACGAUCGCCAUUAUAGAGACGACUUGAUGUUGCGUGGACGGUUUCCAAGCAAUGGGCUGGUGCAAGGGAGGCCGGGUCAUAGUCGCACGGAGAUGCUGUUGCAAAGGAGGAGGUAUGCUUGGAGGGGUGGGGGACGGAGGAUGGUAAGGGAGAAGGAGAGGGGGGUGGAUUUGGAUGGGAUGCCUGAUGAUAUGUUCACAUCCACGGCAAACGUCGUCCCUGCGCUUUUUAAGGCGUUGACGGAUGAGAAGAACUUUCCGACGCCGGAGCUGCUGAGGGUGGUUAAGCGGUUGGGGAGGAAGAUGAAGGCGGAUUUGGAGUUUGAGUUGGGGGUUUGGGAGGGGGUUAGGGGGAUGAGUGAGGUUGGUGAGGGGAUGGGAGGACGUGGUGGGAAGACUGGGAUGGGGAAAGGGAAGGGCAGACGGAGGUAG